GUUCUUAUGGUGAACUGGAAGGCCUUUUAAAGGCGGGAUUGCUCCUUCAGCGCCCAGCGGCACGACCACCCACGGACAUCUACCGCAUUGUUUCCGAAGGCAGCCUUCCUCCGCCCCACAGGGGCAGCGGGCGGCUCCCUCGCCUCUGAGGGCGCGGGGAAGCGCCGCCCCCGCCGCCGCCGAGCGCAGCGGGGCCAUGUCGGCUCCGCGGGCUGCGGCGCGGGAGCGCGGCCCGGGGCUGGGGCCGGAGCCGGGCAGCAGCACGCAGACAUCGCACCGGCUGCUGGCCUACAGCGACGCGCUGCUGUCCAUCAUCGCCACCGUGAUGAAAUUAGGUGAAAGUGUUCAGCAACUUCUUCUAGCAAAAAUUGCAGUCUACUUGAUGACCUUUUUAAUAGUCACAGUGGCAUGGGCAGCUCAUGUAAGGUUGUUUCAGGUGAUAGAACAUAUAGAUGAUGUCCUGGCUCUUCUAAAUCUGGCUUGUAUGAUGAUCAUAACCUUCUUGCCAUAUACAUUUUCCUUAAUGGCCUCCUUUCCAGGAGUACCUUUUGGGAUCUUCCUAUUCAGUGUCUGUGCUGUUGUCAUUGGCCUUAUACAGGCUGUGAUAGUAGCAUAUGGAUUCUAUCACCCACACUUACUGAAUCAACAGAUACAGGAGUCUGAAAAUCAGAAUUUCUAUAAGCGUCAUAUCUUAAAGAUUAUCCUAAGAGGACCAAUUUUAUGCUUUUUAGCAGCCAUCUUUUCUUUUUUCUUUAUUCCUUUGUCUUACGUACUUCUUGGACUUGUAAUUGUUUUUCCACAUCUCACUCGAUUAAUUACAUGGUGUAAAAACAAAAUUCUUGGUCAGAGAGGUGAAGAGGAGGAACCUCAUAGCUUAGAAACCUUCACUUUUUACCUCAGUGAGCCUCUGAGUAAGGAACGAGUAGAAGCAUUCAGUGAUGGAGUCUAUGCCAUUGUAGCAACCCUGCUCAUUUUGGAUAUAUGUGAAGACAAUGUUCCUGAUCCCAGAGAAGUUGAGGAGAAGUUCCGUGGCAGUCUUCUUGAAGCUUUAAGUGAAUAUGGGCCAAACUACCUUGCUUACUUUGGCUCAUUUGUUACGAUUGGUCUCCUGUGGUUUGUCCAUCACUCUCUUUUUCUUUAUGUAACAAAAGCUACCCGGUUGAUGGGACUGCUCAACAUACUUUCAUUGGCUUUCAUUGGUGGGCUUCCACUAGCUUACCAGCUGACCAGUGAAUUUGCAGAAAAGUCUCAUAAUGAAAUUGAAGCCAUUCAGGUCAGCUGCGUUAUCACUUUCUUUGCCAGCAUAUUUCAGUUUGCAAUAUGGACUACGGCCCUUCUCAAUGAAGAGGAAACUUUGCAUGCCUUUGCUAGAUAUGGUGGCAAGGAGCAUGCCUUCAUGUUUGCCAAGCUGGCUCUUUACCCUUGUGUAAGCCUGGGGGCCUUCUUUCUAACUUGCUUAUUAAGUGAAUUUAGCACAGCAAUUUUCCAUCUUAUGCAGAUUGUAAUCCCGUUUGCUUUUCUUGCAUUGCGCAUUUUUGUUAGGAUUUCUUUAACUGCCAUAAAGUCUGUGAUGUCUCUCUCCAGACGGAAGGUUGUAUUGUUAGAAGAAGAGGAGGCAUGUUUGUCUCCAAAUGAAACACUGUCCUAAAUUUCCACACAGUGCAUGUCAAGUUGCGAGAUCAACUUCAGCUCCUCUGACUCGUAUUAUAUUUGUGUGUGGAUUAAUUAUAUUGAUGUAAACCAAAGCCUGUAUUGACCAUAACUGGGGCAUAUUUAUGUUUAAGCUGGCCAUGCUCGAGACCCUUUCUCCAAAAUCUGCUAUUGAAAAUACUGGAUAAAGAGGGGAUGCAAAGAAAAGCAUGUUCCCCUUCCUUUAGGAUUGCCUUAUAGAAAAAAAUGCUGCUUGACAUGUAACUGCAGCAAUGAUCGCUUAAGAAGUGCACAGAUACCCAGGAAAAUGGCAGCAAACACAGAAGUUGGUUGAGCUUCUAUGUAAGAGAAUGUGAGGCACGGAAAACAUGGAGACAUCUGAAUUCUGGAUGGUACAUCAUAGUAGAACAUGUGUUGCAAUUGUGAUAGCAGUCUUCCAAGCCAUCUGAACACAAGUUCUUUGGCCAUAUCUAUUUUUUUUAAAAAAGGGUGUAACAAAUGAGGAUUCAUGUGGCUUUACAUCCAAGUUUCAACUAGCUUUGAUAUUUUCUGAGGGAAAAGAGCUCUGUGAUUAGAUGUAAGGUUUUUUCUGUUCUGCAGAAGCUGCUCGUCUGAAGUGUUUUAAUUUCUCAGGCUUUUUAUGUCUGUUUUUUGUCUGGCAAUGGAACAUCCUUCUGUUAUUCAGAAAGCAUGGUGUCAUAUUCAUGGAGAGUAUGAGACUGUAAUGUGUGAGAGUUCCACAUCAGGUAAGGGAGUUUUCUUCUGAGUUGUGGACAACAGAGAUUUCUGAGUCUCAGGAAGACAGCAGAAGAAACUAACCCCUAAAAAUUCCUGUCCAUGAUAAUGUUGAAUUUUUAAUUUUUUUUUUUGCACUUACAUGCAGCUGGGUAAGUAUUGUGCUUUUCAAAUCAUCUAAACUGUGGCUGCCCUAGAAACCGUUACAUUUCCUUUUGGCAGAGCAAUUAAUUUGUAUCUUCAAUUAUCUUAGUGCCUGACAACUUUAGUGCCAUAAUUAAAGGCAUUUGGGGAAUUUUGUUGUUCAUCAUUAAAAAAACAAAUGUGGCAAAAUAUGCCUGAAGAAAUUAUAGGUGAAAAACAAAUCUCUUGUUUCAGUUGAGAUCAGUCGUGAAAGCCCUUGUGCUUUUGUUUUGAAGCACCUUGAUACCGAAUAUGUCAUUGUGAAUAUUACAUACUUCUCGUGAAGAGUAUGUCCAGCUAUUCAAGGGGAUUUAAACCUAGUUGUGGUUAAAUGAGUUCCAUUGUGUUGUGUAUAGCAGUUUUUCUGAUACUUAAUAAAAGCACUUUUGGUUCUGUAUGGUUUUGUUUCUAGUGUGCAGCAGACACAUAGUAAGUAGUGAAUAUGUGUAUUUGUAAUAAAUUGCAAUCAGUAAAAAAACAAAACUUCAA